GAGAAAACUAGAGCAGACGGCAGCCCAACCACCAGAGCUUGGAAACCUGCGGUCAGAAGGAUGGUGGGGAGGGUACGGACAGGCUACGGAAGCCGGAAGGCCAAAGAGCAAGUUGGAAAGCGUCCACCAAGACCAAGAGGAAAAGACGGCCCCGCCUCCCCGCCCAGUGUGGCACAGUGCGCAGGCGCGGCGCCAGGCCUCCGCGGCCGCUCGUCCUCACUGCGCAGGCGUCCGCGCGGCGUGGGCGCCGGCGUGGUCCCCAUGGAGUUAUCUUAGUAGAGCCGGCACCUCCGGGAGCGUCCGGGAUGAGCGGCGCGGAGGCCGACCGCUGGGCGUGGCUGCUGGUGCUCAGCUUCGUGUUUGGGUGCAACGUCCUCAGGAUCCUCCUCCCGUCCCUCUCCUCCUUCCCAUUUGUGUUGUGUCCACCUUUUGGAUAUUGUGAAUAAUGCUGCUGGAACACUGGUGUGCAAAUUCCUGUUCGAGUCUCUGCUUUCAGUACUUUGGGUGAAUAUCCGGAAGUGGGAUUACUGGAUCAUAUGAUGUCCAGGCUGCUGCAGAAGGAUGCCGAGCAGGAGGCACAGAUGAGAGCAGAGAUCCAGGACAUGAAGCAGGAGCUCUCCACUGUCAACAUGAUGGAUGAAUUUGCCAGAUACGCCAGGCUGGAGAGAAAGAUCAACAAGAUGACGGAUAAGCUUAAAACUCACGUGAAAGCUCGGACAGCUCAACUGGCCAAGAUAAAAUGGGUUAUAAGUGUUGCCUUCUAUAUAUUGCAAGCUGCCUUGAUGGUGUCGCUCAUCUGGAAGUAUUACUCUGUCCCCGUGGCUGUGGUACCGAGCAAGUGGAUCACCCCGCUAGACCGCCUGGUAGCCUUUCCUACUAGAGUAGCAGGUGGCGUUGGAAUUACCUGUUGGAUUUUAGUCUGUAAUAAGGUUGUGGCGAUCGUGCUUCACCCUUUCAGCUGAAAGAAGACGAACGCAACUACGACAUUUUAGAGGAUGAAUUUUCACGGAGUAGGUUAAAAAUCUGAUUUAUACUUUUUUUUGUUAAGGAAACAAAAGCACACAGGUUAGUUUUUUUGUUGCAUGUGUUUGUUCUUGGAUUUCACGUGAGAUACAGGAGUCACAAUUUUGUAUACUUGUCAUCGAGCUGAAGGCCAGGCUCUUGCUGUGUGUCCUGGCCAGCAAGUCUUUGGUUUGUUACAAGAAGGGGCCUGGGCGUCCAUGGUACGUGGGGUGUGUACCUUUGGCGUACUUGAAAGGUCACGUUGCCAACCGGAAGGUCAAAAUUUUCUAACUUAAGUACUUUAAAGACUUUGCACUAUUUUUGAUCCAGAUUAGAAAGCGAUUUAAAUUUUGAUACCACUACUAGAAUUUGAAGUUUCCCAUAGUACUACUAAAAGAAUAACACUAAGUGACGUUGCUCGUGUGGUUUUCCUCCUCUUGUUUAAAGGGCAUUCGUGGUAGUAUUAUCUACUUAUUUGAAGCUGUUAACUUUUCAUUACUGUGUUUUGUAAAUGUAUUCAUGGGAUCAUAAUGCAUUGUCUUACGUUUGAAUUGUAUGUUUUAUAUUUACAGCAUUUCAAAUGAAGUGUGUUUUAUAAGCAUUUAAUAUUUAUGCUCUGUAGAAUGGAGCAAAGUUGAAAAACAAACUAGGAAUUCCGAUUAAGUUAAUUUGAGUGGAUACAUUUUUUAAAACACUUUUUUUGGACUUCUGAUUGACAUAUAUUAGUUUCAGGACCACAGCAUAGCGAUUUGGUUUGUAUACACUGCGAAAUGAUCACCACAGUAAGUCUGGUUCCCCAUGUAAAACAUUCUUUCAUAAUUAAAAUUUUUGCAAA